AUGGCCAAUGUCCUAUGUCAAUUUCUGUUUCCUGAUGCCAGCCUUGUCCCAACAAUCCCCUGGAGCCCCAACAGGCAGUGGGAUGAACAGCUAGACCCUCGCCUAAAUGCCAAACAGAAAGAAGCUAUCCUGGCCAUCACCACCCCCGUGUCUGUCUCCCUGCCCCCUAUCCUCAUCAUUGGACCCUAUGGCACAGGCAAGACCUUCACUCUGGCCCAGGCUGUCAAACACAUCCUCCGCCAGGACAAUACCAGGGUCCUCAUCUGCACACACUCCAACAGUGCAGCUGACCUUUACAUUAAGGACUACCUUCAUCCUUAUGUUGACGCAGGAAAUGCACAUGCCAGACCUCUCAGGGUAUAUUUCAGGAACCGCUGGGUGAAGACGGUGCACCCAGUUGUCCAGCAGUACUGUCUCAUCUCGGGGACACACCUCACUUUCCAGAUGCCCACCAAGGAGGACGUAUUGAGGCACCGCGUGGUCGUGGUCACCCUCAGCACCUCCCAGUACCUCUGCCAGCUUGACCUAGAGCCAGGGCUCUUUAGUCAUGUCCUCCUCGAUGAAGCAGCCCAGGCAAUGGAGUGUGAGACGAUCAUGCCUUUUGCUUUAGCUAACAAAUCCACACGCAUUGUGUUGGCUGGAGACCAUAUGCAGCUCAGCCCCUUUGUAUACAGCGAGUUUGCUCGGGAGCGUAAUCUACACGUGUCCCUGUUGGAUCGGCUCUAUGAGCAUUACCCCCCUGAAUUCCCCUGUCGCAUCCUUCUGUGUGAAAACUACAGGUCCCAUGAAGCCAUUAUCAACUACACAUCAGAAUUAUUUUAUGAUGGAAAGUUGAUGGCAAGUGGGAAGCAGCCAUCUCAUAAGGACUUCUACCCACUGACAUUUUUCACAGCCAGAGGAGAGGACGUACAGGAGAAAAACAGCACUGCAUACUACAAUAAUGCAGAGGUUUUUGAAAUUGUGGAGCGAGUGGAGGAGCUGAGAAAAAAGUGGCCUGUCGCAUGGGGCAAGUUGGAUGAGGGCAGUAUCGGAGUGGUGUCGCCGUAUGCUGAUCAGGUGUUUCGAAUCCGAGCUGAACUUCGAAAAAAGAGAAUGCAUGAAGUCAGCGUGGAAAGAGUUCUCAAUGUUCAAGGUAAACAGUUCCGAGUGCUGUUCCUGAGCACAGUGCGGACCAGACACACCUGUAAGCACAAACAGACUGCUAUCAAGAGGAAAGAGCAGCUCGUGGAGGACUCAACAGAGGAUCUGGACUAUGGUUUUCUUUCAAACUAUAAGCUGCUGAAUACAGCCAUCACCAGAGCACAGUCUCUGGUCGCUGUAGUGGGAGACCCCAUAGCAUUGUGCUCUGUUGGCCGUUGCAGAAAGUUCUGGGAGCACUUCAUUUCCAUCUGUCAUCAUAACUCCAGUCUCCACGGCAUCACCUUUGAGCAGAUCAAGGCUCAGCUGGAGGCUCUAGAGCUGAAGAAGACUUACGUCCUUAACCCACUUGCCCCUGAGUUCAUCCCCCGUGCUCUGAGACCUCUGCAGGGGCACCACUCUGCCCCGCAGCCUCUCCACCCACACCACCACCACACUCUGCCUGUGUCCAACAAGCAGCAAAUGCAGUCACAGCAGUCGCCUCCUAAGGGAAAGCAUUCAAAUCAUUCAGACCAUCUUCCACCUGAUGGAUAUGUUCAACCCAAUCCAGCCGUGCUCAUGGGAAACCCUAUUAGAGCAUUUACACCACCUUUGGGUGCCACACAGACUGGUAUUGGCAAGUCCCCCAGUCCAGUGCAGAGGAUAGACCCUCACACAGGAGCUAGCAUUCUUUAUGUCCCAGCUGUGUAUGGAGGGAUCAUGCCAAUGCCUCUCCCUUUGCCAUGGCCAAGCUAUCAGAACCGCUUUGCCGUGGACCCUCGCAUCAUGAACCACCCAGCAGCCAUGCAUGCCUACAACUUAAACCUUUUGCAAGCUCCAAACAGAGGCUCUCCCAUCCCAUACCCAGGGGUAGCCCACCCCUCUCCUUUGGGGAUCAGUCAGCCCAGCCCAGACAAAGAAAUACAGGCUGAACCUAUCAGAAAUGGCAAAUUGGAUAACUGUCCAAAGUCGGAACAAAAUCGUCUUCAUACACCAGAACGAAAAAACAUUGACAUGAAGGACAAACAGGGGGAAUUAGAGGUUAGCCCAAAUCGGAGCUUAGAUUCCCAAACAGACAACCUUGGAUUUCACAAUGCAAUGGUUCAAAGAAAAGACUCUUCCACUGCCCAAAGGAAUAUGAACUACCAUUUAGCCCCGCCCAAUGCUGGCUUUGCCUCUCAUUCCACCAGCGGGCGACCUUUCCCCCCACAGUAUCUGACCAGGCUUCCUUACAGGAUGCAGCACCCACCACAACAGCAGCUCAGUCCUGCAUACCCCAGUAAUAACCACACUGCAUCAUUCUUCAGUGGGCCCAUGGGUGCUCACAGGGCUGUUCACUCCCCCACUGCAGACGGGACAGAGUCUGCAGGUACAGAAGAUGCUCCCAUUAGGACUUCAAUGGGGUCUGCUGGAGGCCAUCAUCCAGGCCUGUCCCACACCCACAGGGUCAGCAGUUUUGGCGAGGACGGUCAGGAUGGAGAGAAUGCGGAUCUCCAGACUCCCAUCUCUCUGGAGGCACUGAACCAGCAACAGCAGCAGGCAGCGCGGCUGGGCCAGUGGAGCGAGGCAGCAGGAGCUCUCCUCCAAGGCCCCGUGGCCUUCCCCAUGCCCCAGCCCCUCCCACACCUCCCUCAGCCCGCUUUAGCGCGCCUCCCCCCUCACCUACUCCGCACUGCCGGAUGGGGCAUUAGUGCCAACACAGAGGAGGAGGCAGUUCCUUCUGCCACCACUGGGCCACCUUUCAACAGGUAUCCAGGCCUGUUGAGAGAGAUGCCUCCACAAGAGCAGCCUGACUCCAGGGACGUGUCAGAGCUGCAGCCCCCUCCUCAGUCGCGGCUGCUGCAGUAUAGACAGUCCCGGGCCUCUGCCGACCCCUCCACCCACCUGACCCCGGCCUCCAACCACGUGAACUUGUUUCCCUCAGGAGCCUAUGCCCAUGAUGCCGGCCGCGCCCCCCUCACGGACCCUGUCUUAAGCAACCCGCUGCAGCAGCAGCAGGUUAAUCAUCUCUUCAACAGUGAAGGAUUUCCUCCUCAGUCCCAAACAUCUGAUUCCCCACCCGCCCAUGUCAAAUACCUGAUGCAGGAUCCUCAGUGGCCCAUGGGUGCAGCUGCUGCCACCAGCCCUCAACAGCACAAUAGCAUUCUGGGUAACCAAGGCCACAGACUUCCCUAUGGACUGCCCAUGAUGGCACACGCCAGCAGACAGGAGCAGAUUCAUCUGAUGCAACUCCAGCAGCAGCAGCAGCAGCAGCAGCAGCAGCAGCAGCAGCAGCAGCAGAGCCAGAGCCCAGAGCAGGAGUCCUACCACUCACUGUCCCCCCGGACAUCAGCACCCACGGCCCUGCACAGUGUAGAUGAGUUUGAGCCUCGAGGUCCAGGUCGGCCUCUCUAUCAGCGCCGGAUCUCCUCAAGUUACCCAGAAGACACCACUCAGCCACCGCAGCCCUGUGUUCCUGGCUCCCAUGUCCCGCACCUACCGCACCCACAUGGCCCCCACCCGUUCCCCUCUCACAAGCCCUGGCCAGCCAAUGGAGGUGGUCCCAGCCCCUACCAGAAUGUUCCCUGUAAUGGAGCUGGAACACAUAGAGACCUUUUAGUGUCCAAAGGGCAUCGUCCCAGUGAGGAGCAGAUGAACGCAGAGGCAGCAGCUCAGACACACCUCCAGCACCUUGGACAGUUCCCUCCCCUUAUGCCCAAUAACAAAGCUCCACCUCCCCAGGCUCCCAUAGAAUCAGGUCCUCAUCCACACAAACCCCCCCUAGGUGAGCCGGGCCAGGUUCCUCUCCUGAGCAAACCCCCAACCAUGUCGUACGCCAGUGCCCUGCGCGCCCCGCCUAAACCCAGAGCGGCCCGGCCCGAGCUGAAGAAGAACAGUGACCCUCUGUCUCUACUGCAGGAGCUCAGUAUAAGAGGCUCCAAUAGUAGCAAUGGGUACUACUCAUACUUCCCCAUGUCAGAGUGUCACCUCCCCCCACCAAACAAAUAAGUGUGAAAAAUAGAUAUAAAAAUUGAAAAAAUGUUUCUUUUAAAAACAACAAAAACAGCAUAUUUCUAAACAUACAAAAUAGUGCAUUUAUAUUUUUUUCUGUAGUUCUGAUUUAUAAUUUUAGUUGCUUUUUUGUAUUUGUCAUCCUUCACAUAUCUGUAACAAUUAAAAAAGUAUAUAAAAUGAAUGCAUUACUAGUAUAUAUAUACAUAUAUAUUAUGUAUAUAUGAAUAUAUACUUAUUAUAUUACCUACACUUGUAUAUGUAUGUAAUGAAAAUAUAAAAAGGAAAAAAUAUAGAUAUAUAUAAAAACUUAAAAAAAAAAACGAAAAAGGAAAAGUGAAAAAAAAAAGAAAAAAGAAAAUGGUCAAAAGUUGGUUGGCCACUUCGCCUUCCACAUCCUCCUCACUCAAGUUGAUUCGUUUGCUUCUAUAGAUGAACUUUUCUUUACAUUUGAGUGGAUGUCUUUUUUCAUAAUACUGUAGCUGUGGAAACAGGCUAAAGCUAAGUCGGUAACCGACACUGAAACUAGACAGGACCUUGUAAAGUCAUCGAGUAAAUUUCCUCUAAUCUGUACAUACUAGAAAAUAAUGACUGAAUGGUAUUGCUAUAGACAUCUCCAAAACCUUUAUCAUGCUAGGGCUAUGCUCAAUGGUUGCUUUUUAUUGUUUGCUUUGAAUUCUUCAAAACAACCAUAAUUAAAUUGUUCUAAUUUUAAAAUAAUAAAAAAAACAUACAUUUUCUGAUUCACUUUCUAAUACAAUAGAUUUUAAAUUAUUGGCAGUUUAUAUCUGUUGUGACAGUCAAUGGAUCAAGACAGUCCUCAAAGCUGACGUGGCCUCUGUACCUGCUGGGCAAAUGAAAUGUUAAGUGUUUGUUGAUAAUAUUUUUAAAGAGCGUACACUGAAAGUCUGAGAAAGUUGAGUUGUGUUGGUGGUUUGGAAUUUACACUGCCAGUCUUGUGUUUGAAGAAAUGUUAUCUUUUUUGGUCAAAUCUUCAACUGCAUUGCAACAUUACUCCCCAAAUAUACAAACAAAUUGUAGAUAGAUGCUUCUAAGAUAACUUCCUCAAUAGUCAUUUUGCAUUCUAGUUGUAGAGCAGAAUGACAGAUCAGCUGUGACCUGAGCUGCUGUGACUUUGCACACCGCCACUAUGGUCCAAACUGAGCAACACUGUUUUUGGAGGUAGGGGAAAUCAGAGGAAACCUACGCAGACACAGGAAGAACAUGCAAACUCCACCUACAAAGGCUUGUUCAGGAAUCGAUCCCAGAACUUGACAGGCAAGAGUGCUAACUACACCGCACCCCUCAAUAUACAGAAAAAAUGUUAAUUUUGCAGCAGUUGACAUUUGACUAAAAGAGUUCUGUUUUAAACAAACAGGUCAGAUUUGUGCUGAAAAAAGGAAAGGUAAUGUCACUUAAAUGGUGUAAUGGUGUGUGUUAACAAUGGGUGCGUAUUGUCAAAUUAUUUUGAGGAUCAUAAAUCAAAAGUCCAUUGACGAUUUUUAAUCCUUCAAAUUAUCUAAAUGUUUAACACAGUUGUUGAGGCAUAGCUUAAUCCAGAUUUAGGACUUGGCAGAAAACAACACCUUGUACAUAUGCAUUUUCUAGACAACCUGAACUUUGGGAGCACCUCCAUUUUGUAGAAAAUGUUUGAAAGCGAUGGGGCGAAGCCCCUUUUUAAUUAUGCAAAUUAAGAAAAAAUAAUAAUUCUAGAAGUGGACUGUACCCACACCUGUGUUUUUAAACGGCGUCUGGAGGAGACUUUCUGUUGCACCUGUAUGAGUUCCUUCACUGUACAAUAGUUAUAUUUAGCUAUCUUUAUGAAUUUGUCUUGUUUUGUUUUUGUCUGAAGUUCACUGCUAUGAAACAAUCAGUUCUUUUCUUUUAAACGUUUUUUUCAUGCAUGUGGAAAAUGGCUGGUUUUAAGUUGUUUUAUCAGUUUGUAUUAAUUUGAAAGAAAAGAUAUUUAGAAAAAAAAAACACUUUGAUUUAACAGAGUCAAAUCUUUUAGUAUAUUAUUAUGUAUAAAAUCUGUGACAUUAUCAGCAAAACUACUAUAAUAUUUUACAAAUAUGUAGAGUGUAUGUACUUGUCUGUAUAAGUUCUUUCAUUUUUGUCAUGCAGCGGUAAGGCUGGGGUUUCUUCCUGAUGUUUUGCAAGUAUCACAAAAGCGUGUCAUUGGCUAAUUUCUGAAGUUGUGCAAUACUAAUAAUACAUUGCUUCUUUGUAUUUAUUUUAGAAGCAGAAGAGAUUGAGCCAAAGACAUUUUAAAGGGAUUUUUCUCAACUGCAUUUGUACUUUCAGACAGGAGCUGGUGAACUUCAGUUGCCUUUUUAAAAGUUGAUGGGAGAAACCUCUGGCAAUUAGGGAGCGCACAGCAUUCUGGCCACAUUUGUCCAACUCUCUUUUCUAUUCUUGCCUCUUCUGUUGCAGUAAACUAGCCCACUUUCUCUGAAUCCUCAUCAUUGGGUGAAAACAUCUUUCAAUCAGUGGUGGUUAUAAUAAAGGAUUUACUCUGUGUUUCAAAAAGAUAUUUUUUUUUCUUUUUUAUUGUUUCUUUAUUAAAGUGUUUUUAUUGAAAA